AUGUUGUGCGGUGUGCAGAAGCAGGUCCUGCGUGCCCAGGGGUGCCGCGCGGCCCCUGUUCGUGCUAAUGCUGUCGUGAGGCGCCUGCGCCAUGUCGUGUCUGCGGCCGCGGUGGCGGAGCGCCCCGCGGCGCCGGCCAACCCCUACAGGCAGCCGGCCGGCCAGGGGCUGGGCUUCUACACCGGAGAGGACGGUUACAUCUACUGCGACAACCUGAAGGUUGACGACAUCAGGCAGCAGGUCCAGGAGAGCCCCUUCUACCUGUACAGCCGCGACCGCAUCGCCUCCAACUACGCGGCCUACCAGGCCGCGCUGGCGGGCCUGGACAGCAUCAUCGGCUACGCCAUCAAGGCCAACAACAACCUCAAGAUCGUGCAGCUGCUCCAGUCCCUCGGCUCUGGCGCCGUGCUGGUGUCCGGCAACGAGCUGAAGCUCGCCAUCGCGGCCGGCUUCGACGCCUCCCGCUGCAUCUUCAACGGCAACGGCAAGCUGCCCUGGGAGCUCGAGCUGGCCGCAGAGGCCGGCUGCCUGGUCAAUGUUGACUCGGAGUUUGACUUUGCCAACAUCGCCGCCGCCGCCAAGAAGGUGAACAAGCGCGUGAAGGUGCUGCUGCGCAUCAACCCCGACGUUGACCCCCAGGUGCACGCCUACGUGUCCACGGGGCUGGCCAGCAGCAAGUUCGGCAUCCGCAACAGCCACCUGCAGUGGUUCCUUGACGCCAUCAAGGCCGAGCCCAUGAUCGAGCUGGUGGGUGUCCACAGCCACCUGGGGUCAACCAUCACAAAGGUCAACAUCUUCAGUGUGUGUGUGCGUGUGUAG